AUGGACCUCCGACAAUCGAUCAACAGGCAAACAGGCGUCUCGUUGGCCAUCGCGAAGCAAGUGGUGCUAAGCGAGGCCAAGGACUCGAACCUCGUCUUCUCUCCCCUCUCCAUCCACGUUGUCCUGAGCUUGAUCACCGCUGGCUCCAAACCCCCAACCAUUGACCAGUUGCUCUCCUUCCUCAACUCCAAAUCCUCCGACAAACUCAACUCUCUCUCUUCGCAGCUCGUCUCCCUCGUCUUUGCCAAUGGUGGACCCACCGGUGGUCUGAGGUUGUCCUUCGCCAACGGGGUGUGGGUAGACCAAUCUCUCUCUCUCAAGCCUUCUUUCAAACACAUUGUCGACACUGUCUACAAGGCCGCUUCCAAUCAUGUCGAUUUUCAGACUAAGGGUGUUGUGCCCAGGGAGAAACAACUACCAAUACACGCUAUCAAAGACAACAAGAUUUACGUGGUUCAAUAG